GGUGCCGGCAUUAGGUCCCGGCCCUCGCGCCCAACUUCCGCUCGGGGAAAGGUCGCUUCCGCCCCCUCUGGCGCUUGCUCCGCGUUAUGGCGGCGCCUUCGCCUAUGCGGGUCUUGUGUCUGGCGGGUUUUCGGCAGAGCGAGCGGGGCUUCCGCGAGAAGACUGGAGCGCUGCGGAAGGCGCUGCGGGGCCGCGCAGAGCUCGUGUGCCUUAGCGGCCCGCACCCGGUCGCGGACGCAGCGGGUCCGGAGGGCGCCGGGCCGGCCGCCGGGCCCUGUCCUCCGGAGGAGCAACCUCGAGGCUGGUGGUUUUCCGAACCGGAGGCAGACAUUUUCUCGGCACUGGAAGAGCCCACGGUGUGCAGAGGUCUGGAGGAAGCCCUGGGAACGGUGGCACAGGCACUGAACAACCUGGGGCCUUUCGAUGGGAUCCUUGGUUUCAGCCAGGGGGCCGCGCUAGCAGCCUUUGUGUGUGCCCUUGGCCAAGCCGGCGACCCCCGCUUUCCUUUGCCCCGGUUUAUCAUCCUGGUAUCUGGUUUCUGUCCCCGGGGCCUUGGCCUCAAGGAACCCAUCCUGCAGGGCCCCUUGUCACUGCCUUCCCUCCAUGUUUUUGGGGACACUGACCGUGUCAUCCCCUCUCAGGAGAGUGUGCAACUGUGUAGCCGAUUCGCUGGAGCCAUCACCCUCACCCACUCUGGUGGCCACUUCAUUCCAGCAGCCGCGCCCCAACGCCAGGCCUACCUCAAGUUCUUGGACCAAUUUGCAGAGUGAAAGAUCAACAAAUGCCUUUGUCUCUGCAUUCCCUUUCCACCCCCCACUCCCUAGUGGGGCCACAUGACCUUGAUGUAGCCUCUAUAAUCCUGCCCUCCCCCUCUUUCCCCUACCUGGGACCUCCACUGCUAUUAGUGCUCCUCAGCAUCACCAAGUAAGAGACCAGUAUCAGUACUUAAGACUCAGAUUAUAUAAGCCCAGCUAUGUACUCAAGAGAAAGGGGAUAAGGAGGCCUUCAUGGACUUUGACCUUGGCAUCAAACAUGAAAAAGGUCAGUGGAGCCCUGGAUGAGUGGAGGGUGACAGGAAAAGCAGAGACUGGCAGCCCUGUGACUGCCACACAAUAAAGCGGUGAUUUGGAUUUUGA